CGGGCUUUCCCUCAAUAACAGACGCGGGCGAGCUGUGGCGGGUGAGGUCAAGCCAUCUUCCAGCUUGAUGCUGCAACCACGAACGCCGCGCGAGGAAAGGUGAAUGGUGCUUCUCCCUUGACACAGCGGCGCACUUAUCACUCUCACACCAGUCACUCCAGCGUGCUUCCCACUCUGAUAGCUCUUUUGCCAGCAAAGGAAGCUCACCAUGAUGCGCAUGGCCCCACUCCGCGCCGCCUCGUCGGCAGUGGCGAGCACCACCAGCUCCACCGCCUCUUCUUCUCGAUCCGUCUUGGCUUCCAAUUCGGGUAUUGCAUCUCGAAGAUGCCUCCAGACCUCGGCUAAGCUGUCUCAGGCAUCCCCCGCCGAGCCUCCGAAGAUGAUCAAGCUGCAAGUCAAUGGUAGGGAUGUCGAAGUCGAGCAAGGAACGGCCCUCAUCCAAGCAUGCGAAAAGGCUGGAGCACAGAUACCUCGAUUUUGCUACCACGAGAGACUUCAAAUUGCUGGUAAUUGCCGAAUGUGCUUGGUGACCUCGCAAGGAGCACCAAAGCCCGUAGCUUCUUGUGCUAUGCCUGCUGCUCCAGGCAUGAAGAUCUUUACAGAGGACGAAAAGACAAAGACGGCGCGAGCAAACGUGAUGGAGUUUUUAUUGGCAAAUCAUCCACUGGACUGCCCCAUCUGCGACUGGGGUGGCGAGUGUGACCUGCAGGACCAGUCGAUGCGCUAUGGAUCCGAUCGCGGACGCUUUCACGAGAUUGCAGGCAAGCGCGCGGUGGAGGACAAGAAUCUGGGGCCCCUGGUGAAGACAAUCAUGACCAGGUGCAUUCACUGCACCAGGUGUGUUCGAUUUAGCAACGAUGUAGCUGGUGUGCAAGAGAUGGGGACAUCGGGACGAGGCAAUGACUUGCAGAUCGGCACCUACAUCGAAAAGGUCAUCGACUCUGAGAUGAGCGGAAACAUCAUCGACCUGUGCCCCGUCGGCGCCCUCACCAGCAAGCCAUACGCGUUUACUACCAGACCUUGGGAACUGAAGAAGACGGAAAGCAUCGACGUUUUGGAUGCCGUCGGCUCCAACAUUCGCGUCGACUCUCGUGGCGUGCAGGUCAUGCGCGUCUUGCCCCGCACCAACGACGAUGUCAACGAGGAGUGGAUUAACGACAAGACCAGAUUCGCAGUCGAUGGUCUCAAGUAUCAACGAUUGACAACUCCUCUCAUCAAGCAGGGCGACCGCUUCGUCCCCGCGUCUUGGCCAGAGGCGCUCGCCACUGUUGCCGAGGGCUUGGCCGCUAGCGGCGCCAAGGGAGACGAGAUUCAGGGUGUGGCUGGUGCGCUCGCAGACGCAGAGAGCCUCGUCGCUUUGAAGGAUCUGGUCAACUCGCUCGGCAGCGAGAACGUCACCGUAGAUUUACCAGCUGGUCAAUUGCCACCCGCCUCUGGCGUUGACGUUCGCUCGAAUUAUCAGUUCAACAGCACCAUUGCUGGUAUCGAGGAAGCGGAUGCUCUGCUCUUGAUCGGCACCAACCCUCGACACGAGGCCGCCAUCAUCAACACGAGAAUCCGCAAGGCAUACUUGCACAAGGGUCUCGAUGUUGGAUUGAUCGGAGAAAAGGUCGACACAACUUACGAGUACGAGCACGUCGGCAGCGACGCCAGCGCUAUCGCUGACGUUCUCGCGGGCAAGGGCAACUUCGGAAAGCGGUUAAAGGAAGCCAAGAAGCCGAUGAUUGUUAUUGGAAGUAGCGUCCUGGAGCACGUCGACGGAGCAGCAGCGCUCUCCGAGGUGGCAAAAGCGGUGCAGGCAGACAAGCGGUACUUGAGCGAAGAGUAUACGGGCUUUGGCAUUCUGCAAAGGACAGCCUCGCGUGUCGCUUCCCUCGAUGUUGGCUACAGCCCAAGCCAGCAGGCUAGCAAGACAACGCCCAAGUUUGUCUACUUGCUCGGUGCCGACGACUUUGCCAAUGCGGAGGACAGGAUUCCCAGGGACGCCUUUGUCGUAUACCAGGGUCAUCACGGAGAUGUGGGAGCGCAAUAUGCUUCCGUCAUCCUGCCGUCAUCAUGCUACACGGAACACAGCCUGACCUAUACCAACACGGAAGGACGCAACCAGAUCACCCGCGCUGCCGUCCCACCACCCGGAGCUUCUCGGGAGGGCUGGAAGUGCAUUCGAGCUCUCUCGGAAGUGCUAGGCAGCCCGCUGCCGUACGACGACAUCCUGAGCGUGAGGGACAGGAUGUUUGACAUUUCGCCCACCUUGACGCGUUACGAUCAACGGGAAGCCACCAGUGCGGCCACCGCGCUCUUGGGUUUGAAGGACCUGCAAGCGAAGGCGAAGGGCAAGAAGAUCACGGGCGCCCCUCUGCUCAACCCCAUCCAAAACUUUUACCAAACGGACGCGGUGUCCAGAUCUUCUCCCACUAUGGCCAAGUGCGUCGAUGCAUUCAUCAACAAGGUCGGCGACGAAGGCAGACCGGGCGCGGAGCUCGCCUCAUUCAGCUAGAGAGACAUAGUGUGCCGCUCUCGGCCUUUCUUUGACACGUAGACACGCAUCCGAUACGCACGCCCCCUAAGACUGUCCUUUCGCAAUGAAACGCCUUCCAAGUUUGCUGUGCGCUGGAAAUGGC